UCAAAAGCAUCCCAUCCCAUUAAAAUUGAAACUGGUGCAGCCCUUCAUUGCAGAGAGAGUUAGAGAGAGAGAGAGAGAGGAGAGAAUGGGAGACCUGAAAGCGAAGAAGAGCUCAGCAUCAGAGUCAUGCAAAGACGUUCCAUCUCUCCUCACCUCUUUCGUCGACACCUUCGUCGACUUCACGGUCAGCGGACAUUUCCUCUUACCCGAAAACCCCAUUCCACUUGCCCAAAAUUACACCGACGCCACUACUACUCCGCCGCCGCCGCCGCCCUUGCAAACCUUCUACCCACCGCAGGACCGUCUGAUCGCGAUCGGCGAUGUCCACGGCGACCUCGACAAGACCAAGCAAUCACUGCGCCUCGCCAAUCUGAUCGAUCAGUCGGACAAAUGGGUCGGAGGGUCGGCCACGGUGGUCCAGGUGGGCGACGUGCUCGACCGCGGCGGCGACGAGAUCAGAAUCCUGUAUUUCCUGGAGAAGCUGAGACGGGAGGCGGCCAGAUGCGGCGGCAGGUUGAUCACCAUGCACGGGAACCACGAGAUUAUGAACGUGGAGGGAGAUUUCAGGUACGUGACGAGAGAGGGUUUGGAUGAGUUUCUGAAUUGGGCUGAUUGGUACAGAGUUGGGAGCAGAAUGAAAGCGCUUUGUAAAGGGUUGGAAAACCCUCGAGACCCAUUUGAGGGGCUGCCUCUGGGUUUCAAAAAUGUCAAGAAAGAGUUCACGGAAGGUUUUAGGGCCAGGAUCGCCGCGUUGAGGCCUGAUGGUCCCAUCGCCGGUCGGUUCUUGUCCAAGAAUGUGACUGUGUUGGUUGUGGGGGACUCGGUUUUCGUGCAUGGCGGCCUUUUGGCCAAGCACGUUUCGUAUGGGCUGGAGAAGAUGAAUGAGGAGGUGAGGGACUGGGUUCAUGGGGUGAAGGGCAGAUUGGCACCCGAGUAUUGCCGUGGGGCGAACUCUGUGGUCUGGUUGAGGAAGUUUUCUGAUGAAUUUGCCGACAGGUGUGACUGCUCGGCACUGCAGCAUGUGCUCCAAACUAUUCCUGGUGCUAAGAGGAUGAUCAUGGGUCAUACCAUUCAGCAGUUUGGGAUUAAUGGCGCUUGCGAUGAGACAGCUAUUCGCAUUGACGUGGGGAUGUCCAAGGGCUGUGGUGAUGGCUUGCCUGAAGUGUUGGAGAUCAAUGGGAAUUCCAGUUUGAGGAUCCUGACGUCCAAUCCGUUGUACCAGAGCAAGUACAAAUCUCCUGCUGCUCAAGCUGGGAGUAGUAGGGAAGGGGUUGGAUUUUUGGAGCAGGGACCAAGACAAGUGCAGGUGAAGGCUUGACUUCGUUUUUAAAUCCUUAACCAUAUUAGUCUAGUUAAUUCAGCUGGCACUCUUCAAGUGUAAAUCAUUGUUUAUCAACCUUUCAAACUAGAAUUGGAUGAAACAUAAGUACUUUCACUUUACAUGGGUCAGCAUUCAACAUUUUAGCACCUUCACUUUCCUAAGAUUAUGUGUUUUGCGACUUUUUCUUAUCA